GAAGUUCGGCUCUCGGGCGGGUCGGUAGGGGGCGGUGUGAUCGGUGCACGUGAGCCUCCAAAUAACCAACGAAGAAGAAAAACUUGGUCCGAAUCCCAAUCGGGUUCCUAUUGGAUAUGUAGUGCACUAUAUAGGGCGCAUAAGGCAGCGGGUUGUACACUAUGUAGUGCGCUUAUGUAGGGAGAAAGGAGUGAAAUUGGGAUUCGCCGUUUGCACCGGAGCACGUUUUUAGUCACCGAGUCUCGCGCUGUGCGACAGAACUUUUUUCCCUCUCUCGGUGUACCGGAGAGAGGAGCAUGCACGCGCUCAGCGCCGGUGCCGUGAAGUCUGAAGAGAGCUGCAGGAGGAUGAGGAUGAGGAGGAAGAGGCUCGAGCGGUUCAUGCGCGAGCUCGUCUUGCAGAAAGAAAUGCCGGUGUGUGUGAGCAGUCGAACCCGGGCGUCAUGUGAUCUCUGUAAGCCCGUGAACGCCCCCCGGAGGUGCCAGGAUGCCCGUGCAGGCGGCGCAGUGGACGGAGUUCCUGUCCUGCCCCAUCUGCCUGAACGAGUUCAACGCCGGCGGACACAAACCCAUCAGCCUGGGCUGCUCACACACCGUGUGUAAGACGUGUCUCCACAAACUGCACCGUAAAGCCUGUCCCUUCGACCAGACCGCCAUCAGCAUCGACAUCGAGCUCCUGCCCGUCAACCGCGCCCUGCUGCUGCUGGUGGGGGCGCAGGUUCCUGAAAGCCAGAGUGUGUGUCUGGGCAGCACUGAAGACACGCAGCAUUAUGACGUGUGCAGGACAUGUGUGGAGGAGUUGGCGCUGUACCUCAAACCCAUCACUGGGGGGAAAGGCGUGGUGUCUCCGAGUGCGAGCGCGCUCAGUCGGCCCAUGCAGAGGAAGCUGGUGACUCUGGUGAACUGCCAGCUGGUGGAGGAGGAGGGCCGCGUGAGGGCACUACGGGCGGCUCGCUCUCUAGGAGAACGCACCAUCACCGAGCUCAUCCUGCAGCACCAGAACCCACAGCAGCUCUCCGCCAACCUGUGGGCCGCCGUCAGGGCGCGGGGGUGUCAGUUCCUCGGACCUGCGAUGCAGGAGGACGCACUGAAGCUCGUACUGCUGGCUCUCGAGGACGGCUCGGCUCUCUCUCGCAAGGUUCUGGUGCUCUUCGUGGUCCAGAAGCUGGAAGCUCGGUUUCCUCAGGCCUCCAAGACGAGCAUCGGACACGUGGUGCAGCUUCUGUACCGAGCUUCCUGCUUUAAGGUGACGAAGCGUGAUGAAGACUCCUCGCUGAUGCAGCUGAAGGAGGAGUUUCGUACGUACGAGGCUUUGAGGCGCGAACACGACGCACAGAUCGUCCACAUCGCCAUGGAGGCGGGGCUCCGCAUUUCUCCUGAGCAGUGGUCCUCUCUGCUGUACGGCGACCUCGUCCACAAAUCACACAUGCAGUCCAUCAUAGACAAGCUUCAGUCCCCAGAAUCCUUUGCGAAGAGCGUGCAGGAGCUGACGAUCGUCCUGCAGAGAACCGGAGACCCGGCCAACCUCAACAUCCUCCGAGCUCCGCUAGAGCUCCUGGCUGGCAUUGACCAGAACCUGGAUGCAGCCGUGCCCUCGUGGGAGGAGCUUGAGUCUGUGAUGUUGGCGGUGAAGGUCGUGGUCCACGGGCUCGUCGAGUUCAUCCAGAAUUUCAGCAAAAAGAGUCACGAGACGUUUCAGUCUCAGCCCAACAGUAAAUACAAGACUAGCAUGUGCCGAGACCUGCGGCAGCAAGGAACCUGCCCACGGGGUGUCAACUGCACCUUCGCCCACACCCAGGACGAGCUGGAAAAGUACCGAAUGAGGAAUAAGAAGGUCGGUUCUGGAACCAGACCGUCCCUUCUGUCCAAAACGGGUGCCGUUAAAUCCUCAGCUGUAGACGCGUGUCCCGGCGAGCAGGAGGGCGGGGCCUCGGAGAGCUCCUCCCCCACUCGCCUCGUGCCCAGAGGAGGAGAGCAGGAGCAGGAGGAGCUGAUGAAGGAGCUAGCUGACGGAUUCCCGGCUACCAGCCAAGACCUGAAAACGGGUUCUCCUCCGAAGAGCCCAGCGUCAGGACCUCCUGCAGACGCCUCGCUGCUCCUCAAACCCGCUUCCGUACCGCAGAGAGGUCACCACGAGGUCACGUACUUUCCUGAACAGAGAUCUGCGUACGAUCUGCCGUCCUGCCCGUCUGGUAAUUUUUUCCCUGCUCCUCUGUCGAACCCUCACAAACCCUACCUGCCUCGCUUCCCUCGCUCCAGCCCCGCCUCUGACUCCUCAGCCCCGCCUCCUCUGGCUCCUCCCUACCCUGACUCGCCCCUCCCGUCCCGUUUAGGCAUGUCUCCGUAUCCCCCCUCCCCCUCUUACCCACCCCUUCCUCACUCUCACCCCCACGGUCACGGCGUUUACGCUCCCGUCUACGACAGUCGGCGUCUCUGGAGGCCUCAGCUGUACCACAGACAGGACGGCCGGAGCAACUCGCUCCCUCUGGAGGUGCUGCACUCGUCCAUCUAUCAUCCCCCUCUCCGGGAGCGCUUCAACUCGCUCGACAGCGCCUACUGCAGCGCCUCCAGCAGGAGAGCCGCGCUGCACCGGGAGGCGUAUGGCCGAGCCGCUCUGGGCUCUGAGGAUUUCUACUCUCUCCGUCAGGAACAGUGGUCGCAUCAGCACCACGGCUCGGGCCGAGCGGCGCAGCAUUCCCCCGUCUUCACUGUGGAUCUCUGCCCUGAGUGUGUGGAGAGCGGUGUGUGUGUGAGCUGUAAAUGUGGAGGUGGAGAUACUCCUCUCGGUCGUUACUCGCCGUGGUCGUGUGGCGCCGUCGGCCCGUUCGACUCGGAGCCUCUUUACUCUCACACCUGUUCCCAACACACGGACGGUGAGUGUACGGCUAAACACUGGCUGCACGUUUCUGAGCCGUACAGACGUGUGAAGGAAGAGGACCCCAUCAUCCCGUUCGGCGAGGGUCCCAUCAUCUCAAAGUGGGGCGCCAUUUCACGCUCGUCUCGCACAGACCACCACACCACCGAACCCGUUCAGGCCACGGCGACGCACAGCCGCACAACCACCACCACGCUCAUCAACUUCAAAGAUUACAGCUCUCAGGUCGGACAGGGCGAGUGCCGGUGGAGUCCGUGUGUGUUCGAGCCGACUCGCUCCGGGUUCCUAGAGAGUGAGCAGAAACGCAGCUCCUUCAGCACCGCCGGGAAACGUGCAGCCGAGUUCCUGGCUCGCGACGGAGCAGAGAGCGGACCGGACCGGGACAUCGAGCUGGAGCUGUGCGCUCUGCACAUGGAGGACUCAGAACCACCGGGGAUCCAGUCUGAGGCGUCUUUGGGGCCCCGGUGUGAAAAUCACCUCUCCAGUGUGUUCAGUGACGGAGCAGGAAGCUCGCGGACGGCGCAGUCGUUAUCUGAGCACAUGGACGCUCAUUUACUGAAGAAGAUGGCAUUUCGGAAGUCUCUCUCCCCCGGGGGCCUGAACGCUGGAGGUCUCACUGUGGGCGGUCUGGUGAUGAAGACGGGUUCACUAAGACCUCCAGGAGACGCAGCCGGACCGAGCCCGGGACCCGAGAUGAUUCUGAACGGGAGCUAAAAAAAAAAAAAUUUCAGUGAUUUAGAGUCUGAAUGUUGGGUCAAAGCUCACGGCACUGAUCCAUGAGACCUUAGAGUCUCGUUUAUUAUUUUCUUAAAGCACUUGCUUCCCCAAAUUAAUUUCAAACAUCUUUCCAGUAAUCAGAUGUUUAUGGAACAUAACCCAGUUUUUUGUUUUGUUUUGUUUUUUAAAGAAAACCUAUUGAAAAACAUUAUGCAUUUUUUUUUUUCAAGCUUCACUCCUUUAAUUUUUUUUUCUCUCUAUUUUUUUUUUCUGCUUUUUAAAAUUUUGCAGCUUAUGCAAAUGUGUUUGUUCACAACCCCCAUCUCAGGUCACCUAGCUGCCAAUCAGAAUCCACUCCUUAGCCAAUCAGAGGCCUCCGAUUACUCUUCCAUCGGAAAUAACAGUAGUAGUAAUAAUAAUAAUAAUAAUGAUGAUGAUAAUCUGCAUUUGUGAUGAGCUUAAUCUAUUGCAGUUCCUGCCUGUAGGUUUCUAUAUUUCUACUAAAUGUUUACAGUGUGUGUGUGUGUGUGUGUGUGUGUGUGUGAGAGAGAGGGGGGAAAAAGCCUGGUGCUCCGUAAAUACUGUACAUUGCAUAUGUCAUGGUGCAGUACUAAUGACUCAGUUGACAUGCAUGAAACGAGUGUUUUUUUUUUUUUUUUUUUUUUUUUUUGGUUUUUGUAAUGAUCUCUUUGCGUGAAUGUGCCUAUGAAGUGGUUUACGGUAUUUUCUGCUCCCUCUGAGGCUUCGUCAAGCGGCUGUUUUAUUUUUAAAUGGCUAUCGGAUCAAAUUGAUUUUUUUUUUUUUUUUUUUUUUUUUUUACAGCAGCAUUAACGUGUGUGUGUGUGUGUGUGUGUGGUAACGGUGUCCUAUUCAUUUAAAGGAACAGCAAACCUCCAUUUAUAAAUUUCUCACAUUCAGCUCUACAGUGAAGUUUAGUUCAUGUUUAUAGAAGACAGGAAGUCUCGCUGUGUCCUAAACCGCAUCGGCACGUGAAAAAGACGCCGAUUUUCACUAAAGACAGACUUGUUAGCGUAAUUAGUGUAGGUGUGACACACCGAACGUGUCGACUUCAUCACACCGAACGUGUCGACUUCAUUUGGUGUGAGUGGGGAAAAAUGUUCCUGAUUGAUCUUUUGAGAAUUUCGGCGUCUUGUGCUUGAACUUUGAAGUGUUGCUUUUGAUGGAGUUGUUGAAACGAGUGUUUAAGGUGUUAGCAAAACGCAGCACUUCUCCUACAGUCUGGUUUAUACUUCUGCAUUGAAGCGUAUUUGUGUCGCAACACGGAGACGCACUUCCACGCGCCACACCGAUUAACAGGUGCGCAGUCCUCUUAAAUCCUAACAGCUAAUCGUGUGUGUGUGUCUAUGGAGCUGUGUGUUAAGCCAGCCUUCAAACGAACGCUGAUUGGUUGAGGCGAGGAGGUGUGUCCGGUUGUGAUAAAUCUGCAAAAUUGACAUCUAUCAAAUAAGAUACGAGAGAGAGAUGUUGAGAUACAGCUCGUCUCUAGAUGUUAGAGGUGUAACGAUACACAGAAUUCAAAUUCGAUACGAUUUCCAUGCAGUGGCGUUUCAAACACGAUGCAUUUUCAAAAAUAAGCGUUGGCUGAGAAACGUGCUUUAGGUUUCUGUUUUCAGUUGGUUAAAUUGAAUCGUAAGUAACAAUGACUGUAUCUGUUCAGACUCGUAGCAGUGUAUAACAAAAUAAAUUUAAGCAUGGCUAAUUAAACAUUAGCUCUCUGGCCAAGCUUUCAGUGGUGUGACUCUAAAGGGGGCGUGUCUGAAGUGUUUAAUUUUUUUAUUCUGCUGUUAUCUAUCUGUCGGUUACGCAGCUCUCUGUAGCCCUGGAUGUGUUUUUGAAUGCUGCGUUCUCCGCUUUACUGACUAGAGUCUCAUACCUGCAGCUAUGAACAGGGCGUGCUGCUUCCUGUUUUCGUCUAGUUCCGUGCAGAAGCGUGGACGCGUGCGCGGUUUUAGAGUCUGUGUAACAUUUUCAGUCCACCACUCGCUAGCGUUGCAGCUUAACGGGAAGCUGAUGUGCUUCCUUAUACCUGACUGGAAAGAGCGCACACACCAGUAUGCUAGCGUAUUGCAUGCUCGUGAAACACGGUGCACUUCUUAGCUGAAAUGUUUUGUUUGUUUGUUUGUUUGUGUUUCGAAAUUCCAGAUAUGAGGUAAUGAGUGUAAGCUUGAUUUAAGCUGAAAUGUUUUAGACCUCUCAUGAUAGAAGCAGUGUGUUAUAACGACUUUAUUAUGCAGCCUGUUAAAUGUAUUCAGUGUACAAAUGUAUCGAAUCGAAAGCCUCCUAUCGAGCGAUACGAUGUGAUGCACGGUAUCGUUACACCUCUACUGUAUACAAAAUAGUAUAUAAAACUUAAUGUUUCAGUUGAUGUCAGUUAGCUGAAGUGCUAAUAAAGGUCAAAGUUUGAGACAUAGACUGCGUUUCAGGGACGCAGUGGGCGGGGCUUGUUGUAUUCUAUCGUUAUACUUUAUGCAUUCUAUUUAGUGCGGCUCUCUCGUUUCCGGUUCUUUUGCUACACUCGCAAUGAUGUUUUUUACAGUCUGUCUCGGUAAACGCUCCAGAGAUAAACAUCAGAGAUGUAUCUUAGCAAACCUUGUGAGAUGUCUCUGAGCUGUGAAGCUUUGGAAGCUUAAAGAGCUGUGAAAGUUUUGAAGACGCAGUGCUCAGAAUUUGUUGUUGAAAAUGUUCUGUGGUAAAUAUACUCGCUGUACGGACUAACGUACGCAGUGUUUCCGGAAAACGCAAGAGCCGGACGAUUUCAGAACAUUUCUCCUCGACUUUUACUUCGUUUUCCUUGAGUUCUUCAUUUUUCUGCCCUCUAGUGGACACGCAGAAGUAUAAACCAGGUCGCGCUGUUCGUCCAAGCUUCAGCACUUCGGCAGACCGCGUCUCGUUUCACGCUUUGUGUCCAGAGCUGCUUUUAUCCCAUUUCUGAUUUUAAAAAAAUAAAUAACUACCCCUGUCUGGUCCUCGUGUUCGAAUGCGACAUCGCUGCUAACUUCCGUGAAGUUGUGUGUCGGAGUAUUUUGUAUCAGGAAAUUCUUAUUUUUCCUUUUGUUUUGGUCACUGGAAAUAAACGUAACCAUCGGCUCUGCAUUUCCUGUUUAAAAUCGAGGUUGAUGGAGCGCUGGGUGAUGAUCAGAACUCCUGAAACGGGUCUUCUUCUUCUUCUUCUUUUUCUUCUUCUUCUUCUGCAGUCUUGUGCACUGAAUCUUUUUUCUUUUCUGUUGUCCUUCACUCGGACGACAGUGAGAUCAGAGGAGUGUGUGUUACGCCGCUUUAAAGGAAACGUCUCCUAUUUAUAAUAGGGUAAAUUUUUUCAGAUGUAACGUGGAUGCAGGAAUGUGGUAGGGCUUUUUGCCUAAAAUAAUGGCACCUUUUUUGUUACGCUUUCCACCAGUUUUAUGGUAACUGGUGUCCCAGUGUUGAAUUGUAUCGCCUGUGUGUGUGUGUGUGUGUGUGUGUGUGUCUUUUAUUAAAAGAUGCAGAUCAUCUCUUGACUGUUUAAAGUUUAAACUUCGCUUUCUUCCAUAAUUUCUGGUCAAGAUUAAUAUGAAGUACAUAUUAAAGCUCUAGAUAGUUGACAGUGUUGGACUAGUGAGAACGCUUCUCGCUACAGUAGCGCUCAAUGUGCAAAAGUAAGUGCCCCCAUAGGCGCUGAUUUCACAUCACUGUUCCACUGGAAUUUUGAAAUGUUGAGUCUAAAGAUAAUUCAACUAAAAAUUAAAAAAUAUAUAUAUUUUUUAAAUAAAUAAGCAGUAAACCAGGUGCUGUAUCCACAAAAAAAAUUAAUACAUUCUUACACUUUUACUAAAGAUGAAUUUAGAGAAGACAUUAAACAUGAAACCAUUAAGUCUCAUUGAUUUUAAACUGAAUUAUAAAUCACUGGUUCUUUUGAAUAAACAUCAAAUAAGACAGUAUUGUCUUACAUUUUGUCAAGUGUAAAAUAAAAUUGAUAAUUGUAAUAGAAAACGAUUUCCUUGAAAGAUUUUCAAGACUGAAUAAAAUUUAAACAGAUGUUUACGCAUAAAACCUGCAUUUUGCACGAAUGCAUCAGCUAUCUAAAUCAUUAAUAUGUUAAAAUGUUAAAUCUCUAGAAGAAAAUGUGAGGCUUUAAACACAAUUCAAGGCUGUUUUAAGUGAUUUUUUUUUUGCUAGUAGUCUUGGCCAAGGUGUGUGUGUGUGUGUGUGUGUGUGUGUGUGUGCGCAUGUGUUUGUGUUCGUUCCUGCUGUACCUCAGCUGUAGCUUUUUAUUUUAAAUAAAAGGAGGACGUGAGAAGCUGUCUUUCCUCUUUUAUUAUUACAACAGCUUCACUGCUACAAACUGGAUCUUACAUUUGAUUACAGCUUCUAAUCCUCGGCUUUCUCUAAUCUCAGCAUGUGAGAUUUUUUUUAUUCUUAGAUUUAUUCAGCGCAGAUGUUUCAGUUUUUUUAUCCGUUUAUCCUCUUACUGUGAUUUGUGUGUUGGAUCAGCUCGGCUCUGAGUCAUGCCUGCACGAUGCUUUUAUAUCAUUAGAGUGUGUGUGUGUGUGUGUGUGUGUGUGUGUGUGUGUGUGUGUGUGUGUGUGUGUGUGUGUGUGUGUGUGUGUGUGCGCCUGCGAGUAUGUGUGCGCGUGUGUGUGUACAUCUGAUCUUCUGCCCCCUGCUGGUCCUCUGAUGUUUUACUGGAUAUUAACUCAGUUUUUGAAGCCACAAUUCUGAAGAAGUCCAGAGAGGACAUUUUUUUAAUCUUUUCUUGCGCCGAACAAUAACCAUAAAAAUUAAUAUCCUGAGUAUUUUAAAAAAUUUUUUUUGCCUCAGUAAGGUCAUGAUUAUUUCACAGUUGUUCAACAAGUUAAUUUCAUUUAACUUCUUUUAGAGUGCAGGUUAUAAGCCUGUAUUCCUAAAAAAAAAAAAAAAAAAAAAAGGAUAAAUCACUUGGUUAAUAUAAUCAAACUCUGACAUUUUUCUCACACAGUUAGACUCUAAAAAGUUAAAUUCAAAAGUAAUAUAUUUUUAAUUGAAUGUGGCAGAUUGAGCACACAGAGUGCUGUCAGUAAAUAAAUGAAUUAAAUAAACAAAUACUACAGUUUUACUAAGUGAAACCACAGGAGUAUUUUCACAUUAAGCUGCAUAUUAAACUCUUACAAUUUAAUAAUACAAUUUAAGAGCAUCAUGUUACUUAACUCAAUGUUAAAACAAUAACCCAGAACCACCAAAAUUUCUCCCAAUAUGUUAUUGAUCAUAACUGCUGCCUCCUAUUAAAAGAAUGACUCCAUAAACUUUGUAUAAGGUUGUUCUGUUAUGUGUAUUAAAGUUUAUAGUAGGGGGGAAAAGCUUAAUGUGAAGAUAUAUGAAGAUAUAUGCUCAUUCUUUGGAAAAUAGAGAGCACUUGUGAUCAAUUAAGUGCAAGAGAAAUUUAACCUGCGUUAUGAGUUCCUGUAGAGCUGGAAACAUGAAAAUUAUUGUGCUUUAUUUGGUAGAUAGCGUUCAUGACAAGGUGAGUGUGUGAGAUUUUUUUUUAUAAAGUCCCCCUUUUUUUUAAAAAUUGUUUAUCUCAUUGCACGGCCUCUCUGGACCUCUGCAUGCACAAUUCUUUACUUCUGAGGAUCGCUGGUCGUGAUGGUGUGCAUGCUCGCCGGGCGUGUGUGUAUAUAUACGACCCUGACAGCAGCUGAUGUUGAAUAUUUUUACGUCUGUAUUAGACAUUUCCUUUGCAAAUCUAUUGUUCGAUUUAACUGUAUAAAAUAAAAGAUGGUACACAUCCGUCAGUUUAUACAGACACCGCCAUCGUAUAGAUGGAAUUUUACUGCAGUUUUAUGAUCAGCUAUAUUUAAAUACAUAGAUAUUUAUCAGAGAUUUAAAAUUUAAAAAAAAAAAAAAAAAAAGGUGAAUUAUCUUUUGGUAGAAAUAUGAACUGUAUUUUAAUGCACUGAACAGAUUUGCUGUUUCGUAUCUUUGCUGUUUGCUGUUUCGUACCUUGGAGAAGGUCUGAGCCGCUGUGAAGCCCACGCUGAUGAUGGGAAAUUAACGUAAAGGUUAUUAAAGGCCAUAUUCUGUAUCUGCAUGCUGAGGUAAUAAAGCGGAUUUGUCCUCAAA